GCGAGAACCAACCAAGACUGAGAGCGAGAUGUUUUCUUCGUGGGAUCUGGUGCGCCCGACGCUGUGGCACCCCAUGUCGAUGCUGGAGCUGUCAAUGAUGGACACCAACACACUGCCGCAGCUGUCGAUGAGCAUGCGCAACGUGCCCGGCGUGAGCUCGGACGAAGAGUUUUUCAAGGACCUCCCCACGACGGACCAGCAGCAGCAGCAGAAGAAGAAGAAGGAGGAAAAGGCGGCGGCGGAGGAGGAGAACCAACGCGCCUUCUCGUCCUACUCGUUCAGCAGCUCGUCGGUUGUGGACGAGGAAGGCCGCAAGGUCAUGAGUACGCGCCGCCGCUACGAGGACUCGACCGGGCGACUGAAGGCAGAGCACGAGCGGGAGGUGCUCGGCAAGCGUCUAAAGACCAUCUGGAACCGCAAGAACGCGCAGGACGAUGGCGAACACCACACGAUCUGCUCGCAGGGCACGCCCGACGAGUUUGAGAAGCUCUGGAGCCAGACGGCGUUCGGCAAGGCCCAUGAGAAGAAGAGCAAGGAGCUCAAGCAGUCGGGCGAAGCCGAGCAGCAGCCGCAGCACAAGCAGGUGGAGAGCGCGCCCACGAGCAAGUCUGCCUGAGUUGACUAUCAACAGUCCCAGUGGCGGCAAGCCCAAGGAUGUGCGUGCGACUUUUCCUAUUGAGUUUUGAGUCGACU